GGUGGGGGGUUGGCGGAGAGAGAGCGCGCGCGCGCGCGCGCGAGCGAGAUGUUUGGCGCAGCCGCUUAUUCUUGGGGAGCUGGAACCAAUGGGCAGCUUGGCACGGGAAAGUUCGUCGAUGCUUCCCGUCCACAGUACAUAGAGGCAUUGCGCGGACGGAGAAUACGAGACAUGGCAUGCGGAGGAAGUCAUGGAGUCGCGGCUGUCGGAGCUGAAAAUGAUGACGGAGAGGUGUUGACGUGGGGAUGGGGCCAAGGGGGUGCCCUUGGUCAUGGAAACUCCAUGAAUCAAGGGCUGCCGAAGCGGGUCUCCGCCUUGCGAGGAAUCUCCAUCUGCCAGGUGGCAGCUGGAUGGAAUCACACGGCUUUCGUUGCAGAGGCUGGCGAUCUCUUCACGUGCGGUGAUGGGUCUUAUGGUCAGUUGGGGCUCAGCGAUUACAGCCAGCGGAAAUAUCCUGCGAGAGUGGACGGCCUCUCCAACGUGCACGUGAUUGCCGUCGCCUGUGGAUUGCGGCACACCAUCGUCUUAGCAGAGAGAGAAGCAGGGGGUGAUGACGGUACCGCGAGUACGCGAGGGAGUAUGGUGCAGAAGAGGCGGGAAACUGUCGUCUAUGCUUUUGGCUCUAGUAAGCGCGGUCAGCUUGGAAUCGGCCGCUCUGCAAUGGGAGAUGAGAUAAGGAGGGUGUCCACGGGGAGUGUGAGGUUUGGAAGCAUGGAUAGAAGUUCGACGUGGGGUAAAGAUGAAAAUGAACAACGGAGGAGAUCGGAGGAAACAUUGACGACAAGUAUGGAUGGACAAGGGAGGAUCUGGAGAAGAGGGAUGCCUGCAAAGGGAAGGUCGCCGCUUGACAUCAAAUCUGCGGCGCGGGCCCGAGGCCGCGUGGCCGAUCCGGAACAAGUUGGCACUUUCGGCGGAAAGAGAAUCCACAUGAUUGCAGCAGGAGGCGACCACAGCGCGGCUGUCACAGCAAAUGGGGAGCUGCACCUCUGGGGCAAGGGGUUCAAUGACAGUGAAGACUUGCCCUCUCCUGUUCGCUUUGGAAAGGGUGUUCGCUGGCAUCAAGUCGCUCUUGGUUGGAACCAUGGUGUUGCACUCUCUGAGCAAGGGCAUGUAUGGACUUGGGGGCGCAACACAUAUGGACAGCUAGGUGUUCCUCCCAUCAAUAAAGGUGAAGAAUCAGGAUCUGGCGAUCGACAAGCUGCUUCUGAUGAUCUGUGGAGCGUAGUCAUCAAGAGCCCACCGCCCAACUCGUUGCCGAAACCAGGUUCAGGAAUCUCAUCUCCAGAAAAGAGACGAGAGUCAGCAAGUUACGGAGUGAGAGAGAGCUCCUCGCAGAGAAAUACUGCUUCUCCUUCCAUUGCUCUAUCGCUUUCCCCACAAUCGGACCGGCGGUCGCUAACGACAAACCCGGCUGCUACACCCAAACCAGAUCCCCCCUCGACAUCUCCAGGCACAGCGCCGGCUAAGGAGAGGCCUAGUACAUCGCCGUCUCCGUCAGUCUCAACGGGACUCGGCGUGCACAGUGGCGGUGAAGCACCAGCUCAACUGGGAAGUCGAACAGGCCUAGCGUCAAGGGAAUCGACGAUGCAGCGGCGAAGGAGUGUGAGUGCAAUUGGGGCAAGAAUCAUUCUUGAUCACCGCGAGAACCAAGUUGUUGAGAGGCUAUCAAGACCCACCGGUAACAGACGCAGAUCAAGGACGCUCAGCCCCCCACCAGCGUCGUUCCAAAUGCCAAGUCGAUCCCAACAGUACUCAGCAAAGACACUGAGUCCCUCUUCUACAGUACAGGGCAGGGGAGGUGCGGACAAGUAUCGGGCACAAAGUUUAUCUGCUGUAUCGCCUGACACCGGCUGGCCAAGCACCAGUGCUAAGUUCAGCCCAUAUGCAUGGCGGCCAUUUCGCUUCAUCACAAGCCUUGACGGCAAUGUAGGCAGCCGAUCCGCCAGGGAAGGCAUGAGGGGGGCAAAAUGGUCAUUAUCCAUUGCGGAAACCCCCAGAUCAGUAUCGCUUGAGCAGCAAGACAUGAGCAGCAUAGACAGUAGACUGCUGUCGCCAAAUGCUAGACAGGGGGGUCGACGAUUCACGAUGCCACUCACGACGUCACUAUCGCCGUUCAGAAUGCCACUCACACCACCAUCAGUGCCAAUCAACACUCUGGCCAAGUUGGAAUCUUCAGAUUCAGUAUCGGGAGGGGAUGCCCGUGGACAGUUCAAUUUAAGUACCAUAACUUCUACUUCUGAAUCGUCUCCGCCAGCACCAUCAGGGGUAAAGCAGGUGAACCCAGGACUGGUGAGGGGAAGGAGCCCCAUGAGAUCGGCUGCAGAUGGCCAACCCGCCGAGAUUAUACCCAGCCAAAGCGCAGUCAACACGGUAGAUUUAACUAGGCUGGUGUUUAGGGACAUUAACCCAGCAGAACAGGCAUUGCAAAGCACUGAUGGGCAUCCACAAUCCCCGAACCAACCUCGGAAACCCACUAGGCGAGCAUCCACGGGAAACUGGUGGGAGUGGACAGAGAUGCUAUCUCCUAACAUCUUGCAGACUGACACAACGAGUGAAAUGGUACGAGUACGAGGGCCGCUGGAUACAAGAAAAGUCAUUGAGAUUGGAGCAGGAUCGGAGCACACUGUUGCUAUCGCAGAGAGGGGGUUGGUAUUCACUUGGGGGUGGGGCGAGCAUGGGCAGCUGGGUUGUGGCGAUCAGGAGAACCGUACCGCACCUUCUGAGUCCGGCAGUGACCCAACAUGGAGGGGUCGCCUGCGGAAGUGGUUUCACCGUAGCAUACUGGCAAAUGCCGCACGACAUGCCUUCCUCAUUUCUCGCACUCGGCUCAUGCGGACGCAGUUGAGCAGUAAUCGUACAGCACCAUUUGAGGUGCUGCGUUUUUUACAUCUCUUGAAUGCAACUCUGUCGUGUCAUGGGGAUGCAGUCCGGCAGUGACCGAACCUGGAGGGGUCGCCUGUGGAAGCGGCGGUUUCACCACAGCUUACUGCCAAAAACUGCCUUUUAGUUAAAACUUAAAAUUGAAAUAUUUUGCUGGCGUGACGAAAUUGAGCUUGGGAGGGUGUUGCAAUUUGAUCAUCCUCCGAUGAGUCGACUGACCACAGCAUGUGACAAUGGAAGGGUGUUGUGGUUUAAUCGUCCUGCAAUGAGCAUAUGGCAUAUGCUAAUCUGGCCGUAUAAGCAACCAGAUACAUCCGAAAGACUCAAUUGAGAGCAUGUAUGAUGAAGGUACGGCGUCCAUGGACAGACGUACGAUCAUUUGUGGAAACUUCAAAAUCAGGCCGAAAUUGCUGAAAAACAAAAGCUCAAUUUCGUC